AAUAUUAUUUCGCGUUUUAUACCGAGAUGCUCUGUCUAUAGCAUUGUACUUGAAUGAUAGAUAACAAUAUCUCCUAUAUUUUCAUGUCCUUCAUCAGUUGAUAUACGCGCGCUUCGCACCAAAACACGACAAACAGCUUGGCCUACAUUUCUACGCGCAUUAAUAUUGACGUAGUGAUUCGCCCGGUAUUCCGUUUAUGGCGAGGAGCAAAUUAGGCACAGUUGAUUCAUUCUUCCAUUCAUGAACAGCUGAUACUAUACGUUUGUAACUGGACUUACUUUAUCGAAAACAAUGAACGGGACACAUAUUAACCAGCCAGCCUUCCCCACCGCUCCUGGGGGAGGGGUACCCACGUUUACGAUGGAAAAUGUCGAUCCCUCAACUAUGGAAGAGGAUUCGGACUCUGAUGGAGAGAUUUCGGUGGUAACAAAUCCCCAGGGUCUCAAACCCGGGAAAAAGACCAAAGGACGGGUCAAAAUUAAAAUGGAAUUUAUUGAAAAUAAAUUAAGGCGAUAUACAACUUUUAGCAAGCGCAAAACAGGAAUUAUGAAAAAGGCUUAUGAGCUGUCAACUUUAACUGGCACUCAAGUGAUGUUAUUAGUGGCAAGUGAAACUGGACAUGUGUACACAUUUGCAACCCGAAAACUUCAGCCUAUGAUAACUAGUGACAGUGGAAAAGCUUUGAUUCAAACAUGUUUAAAUUCGCCGGACCCUCCACCCGGCUCCCAGCCACAAAUGACCAUGGACCAAAGAAUGAAUCCAACGGGAUUCGAGGAAACAGAAUUGUCAUAUGCUGUCGCUGAGGAAGAACAUGCAAAAGUUGACAACACAAUGAAGCCAAUGUUUAUGCCCGUCUCCAUCUCUGAGCCUGGAGUUGUCAACAGAAGCUCACCGGAUAAUACCAGUGGUACUUCGUCCCCACCCCAACAGCCAACCGCCCAGAGCCAGACCACCGCACAGGCCUCACCCAACUCAGCCGCCACAUCCAAAAGUUUGGCCGGGAUGUCCAAUGUCAAUCUGACCAUCCCAGGCCUUCCACCAGGGGCAGUAUUAGUUCCCCAAGUUGGAGGAGCCCCACUGAUCCCCAUACAGCAGAAUGGUCAACAGAUUGGACAGGGUGCUCAGACUCAGACCCUGUACAGGCUCCCCAACUCCAACCAGAUCGUAGCCUUCUCAAGUGCUAGUGGAGACUCCCCCUCCCAACAGUCAAUGGUGACCUCGGGGUCAAGUUCUGAUAACAUGACCACCCUGACCAAUGUCAGCACUGCAGGAUUACAGACCGCUCAAACAGGUUCACAGAACUCGGCAGCAAUGACCCCGGGAGUAGUGAUGUACCACACACCUCAGGGAAUUGUGUAUGCACCCACGACCCUUCAGGAUGCCAGUCGCUCUAUGUUCAACUUCCAGCCUACCCCCACAGCCUUGUCAUUGCCGCAGUCAGAGAACGGUCAGCAGAUCAUCACCAUCCCUAUCCCCGUCAGUCUAGCUGCUGCAGGCAACUCACAGGUUCCCAUAUAUCAGUUUGCAACUCAGAUGUCAGACACCUCUCAAACAUCAUUGUCCCAACCCACACCUGCUAAAAAAUCCAAGAAAUGACAGAGGCAGCUUGGUAAGAGAAGAGUUAUCUUCUCUUGAGCAAUGGAGGUGACAGUGGUUAUGUGCCCCUGACUUAGUGAUGAAGGUUGUCUUCCCUGAAUGAUAAAUUCAAUGGUGAUUAAUUAACACUAAAGUGCCAAAAACAUUAGUCUAAUAAUUAUAGAUAUGAUGGAACAAGUUAGCACAAAGUUCAUGGAAUGCUGUUUCAAAAUGAAGAAUAUCGAAGGAGCAUGAUUAAGAUGGACAACAUGUCAACACACUGUGUUAGCCAUACAAAUCAACACAAAGCAAUAGGGGUUCCAGAAAAAUCUUGAUAUUAAUAGGGCUGGUAUGUGACUUGUUACAUAAUCCAAACAAAUUCAAUCAGUCUAGCUAGAUGAUCAAGAUCACAAGUUUGGAUGCAUCCACAUUUAUUAAAUGAAUGGAAGCUUUGUUAAGAGAUGUAUUUAACUUUUUAGAUGUGAUGUUAUGUACUCCAUGCACAUGGGCAUCUUGUCUGCUCUGCUCUCUGACAUAUAUAUAAAUAAUUUAUAUGUUUGUCAGGGAGCAGAGCCGAUAGGAUGCCCAUGUGCUCCGUGUGAUUUUUUUUUUCAUAUUUCUAAUCAGUCUUUUUAUUUAUUCAUCUUUUUAAUCAUAUUUCAUAAUAUGCAUCAAUAAUUCAUAGAGUUAUUCAGAUGUUCUCCAUGUAAGUUAUUGGUUGAAGAUCAUGGUACAUGUAUUUUUAAGUAGCACUUCAAUGAAUUUAUGUGAACAUGAACAGUAUCUCUUUAAUUAGUUAAUGAUCAGUUAUAAAUAACAAAACAAAUGGCAGCUGUAGAUUCACUUAACUGUAGAGUAUAAUUCAUGUAUCAGUAUUGUUCAAUUUUAUUUAAUGUACAUCUGUAUAUCAAAAGUUUGGACCAGUUGUAUUUGUAUGUUACAAUAUACGUACGGUGUAUUAAUUUCAUACAACUAUAUAUAUGUACAGUAAAUGAAGAUUCCUCAUGAAAUUAAAAAAUUAUCAGAUUGUGUACAAAAUUUUUUUUUUGAUAAUUCUGACAAGAGUCCAAAUUUUAAAGAUAUCUUUCAAAUUAUUUCAGAGCAUAUGACAAUGUUAUUGAAUUUCUAUCCUUGCACAAUGGGAAUCUUCAUUACUUAAAUUAAUAAAGGGCUUAUAUUUUGUUGUAAAUGGUCAUCUGUUUUAUAUCUAUCGACUUUUUGCAUAUCAAACAUGUUUAGAGUAGAUUUUGUAAAUGAGUAUUUCUUUAUGUCUUAUUUUGACUGUUAUCUUUUUAUUUCGUAAGUUUCUUCACAAUUACACGUAGGUGUUAAUUCAUUAAACUUUGACCUACAAAAUUUCUGGCAUACACGUAAUGAAGUGUUUGUGGAAUUAAGUAAUUUACCCGACUAUUUAUUAGCGGUAACUAGUCACAUUUUUAAAAAAACUUUUUUAGUGGUAUGUUACAAUUUUUUUGAAAUCCAGUUCAUUGUUAUUUAUUAAUGUUGAAUCAUUUGUAUCAUAUCAUGUUUUUUAUAAAGAUUCAUGUUCAGAAAGCUGAGAUUAACAUUUUUGUUAUAAACAAAGAUGAUGCAAGUUGAAAAAGUAAAGUAUUUUUCUGUUACUGUCUUUAUUAUUAAAGAUUUUUGUACAGUACAAACUUUU